ACGGCCCGGCUGGCUGUGCGAUCUCAUAAUCCCAGCAGCCUGGGCAGUGGCCGUACCCGGUUUCCUUUUCCCCACAUGGAUCUCACUGUGUUUCUUUCCCAGGUCCCUUUGCCAAAACCGCAUCAGGGUGAGGAGCAAGUGGCGGGAGAGGGGGGCAGAGAGAGGAAGAUGGCAAAAAUCCCCUCGUCGAGAAGAAACGCCGCGGGCACCCCUGGGUCCCAGCUGUGCCGAGCAGGUUGAAUUCCUUCUUGGAGCCUGUCUCCCUUCCGCGGCAUCUUGCUGUGUCAAGUCUGAUUACUCUAAUCUUCAACAGGCUUCCACAGUACGGGAACUCUGCUCAGAAGUUGGGCAUGAAAGCCGCCUUUGUGUGUCGCCUCUGGCAGUGUGCGAGCCGCUCGUUAGGUAUAUAAAAGAUGAAUGCUUUACAUGCCAGGCUGAGCCAUCAACGGGGGACUGUUUCUGCCUGUCCCAUUGAAGAUCCUGCAGUGGUUUCUUGGCCCCUCUUCCCCUGUGAAUGGAUGGGAGCCGUGCUUUCGCAUGCUGGAUACUGAAUUAGACUGUCUACAAACAGUGGCCCAAGCAGCAUGACCAAACAAUAAGGAUCCCCAGAAGGGCCAGUCCAGUCUUUCACAUACACAUACACACACACAGCAAAAGCAAAUCCACAAUUGUUGUCUGGGAACACCACUGGAUACGUGCAAUCAUGGGAGCGGCCCAUGGGAAAAAGAAAGAGUAUUCUUUCCAGUCAAAGCAAUACAACAAACAGGAGAAGCAUGUUUUUAAUGGCUCAGCAUCUAUGUAUUCUGAAAUACAGAGGGAACGGCCUGAACUUGGGAAUAUCAUGGCUCACCCAGAUUACAUUGAUGGAAACCCUGAUCUUAUCAAGCCUAAAAAGCUCCUCAACCCUGUAAGAGCCUCGAAAAGUCACCAAGAGCUUCACAGGGAGCUGCUUAUGAAUCAUAAAAGAGGACUGGGAGUUGAGAGCAAACCAGAACUGCAGCGAGUCCUGGAGCAUCGGCGACGAAACCAGCUGAUGAGGCAGUGGAAAGAAGAAGAAGAGGCCAAAAAACUGAGGUCUCCAUUUGAGCAAGAACUCAUGAAGAGGCAACAGAGGCUGGAUCAGCUGGAGAGAGAACAAGAGAAACAAGAAGAAAGUGCACCUGAAUUUAUUAAGGUCAAAGAAAACCUGAGGAGAACAUCAACGCUAACUGGAGCAGAGAAAGUUGCGUAGCAUCAGCUGAGAUCAUCUAUUGGUUCAAAUACUUAAACACGGACAUCUCUGUAUAUGGUGGACAUUCAAGGUUAUGUCUUUGGGGCUGUUUACUGUUUGUUAAUGCUUGUUCCAGUAGAAAUCCCCAACAUGGGCUUUUUCAUAACCGCAAAAGACCAUACAGCCAGAGCAUGGGUGUUUUAUGUGGGAGAAGUACACGAGAAAGGGAGUUGAGAAUUGUAAUUACAAUACAUACUCUUCCUCCCAAGUAUUUGGACAAUAAUAAAACCCUGUCCACUCCUUAUUAA